AUGCUUACACAACACCAACAGAACAAAAGGCGGAAACUAGGCGUAAAUCGUGAUGAGCCUGAGGAUAUCAAUAUUGAGACAGAAGACCCUUUGAAAGAUGCUACCACCCUUUAUGUAGGAAAUUUGUCAUUUUAUACUACGGAGGAGCAGAUCCACGAAUUAUUUGCAAAAUGUGGUGAAAUUAAACGCCUUGUAAUGGGCCUCGACCGCUUUGCGAAGACACCGUGCGGCUUCUGUUUCGUCGAAUACUACACACACCAAGAUGCGCUUGACUGCAUGAAGUAUAUCGGCGGCACGAAGUUGGACGAGAGGAUUAUCAGGACCGAUUUGGACCCAGGGUUUCAGGAGGGAAGGCAAUAUGGUCGGGGCAAAUCAGGUGGCCAAGUUAGAGAUGAAUAUAGAGAUGAAUAUGAUCCGGGCCGUGGAGGCUAUGGCCGCGCGGUUGCAGAGGAGCGACGAAGGGAGGAAGAGCAAUACGGUCGGGGCAGGUAA